AUGAAAGCGUUCAAAAACGGGUUUCCCAGCAUCAAACGUGGUCGCGACAGCUCGCAGACCACUCACACCGGUCCCACCAACAAUCAGCUCCAAGAAGAUAUCGAUUCGCUGCCCCCAGUGACACUCCAUGGCUACCGCGACACCACCAAGAGCCGACUCCUGUCCCCAGAUAUCUGCGACGAGCUACGCAGUCUGAUGCCCACCCGUAUACAGCUGUAUUCCGACUGGCAUCUGUUGUACAGUCUACAACAACAUGGGGCAUCGCUGCAAUCGCUGUACAGUCGGACAGCGCCCGAGACCAAGCACCCGGCACGCGUGGGAUACGUCGUGCUGGUCGAGGACCGCAAGGGAGGCCUCUUUGGAGGGUACUGCAACGAGCCACCGCGCGCUAAGGACAGCAAACGGUACUACGGGAACGGCGAGUGCUUCUUAUGGCGUCUGGAGCGCGCUGCAAGCGUGUCGCUGGCCCAAAGAGAGGACGACGAGCCGUGUGCGCACGGCUGGCGAUUCCGAGGGUACCCAUACACCGGGCUGAACCAGUUUGUGAUGCACAGCACGGGCCACUACUUUUCCAUGGGCGCUGGGGACGGCCAUUACGGGCUGUGGUGCGACCAGGCGCUCGAAACUGGGGUCACCAACCCGAGUUUGACGUUUGGCAACGAGACCUUGAGUCGUGAGGGCGCCAAGUUCCACAUUGUGAACCUGGAGGUGUGGCGAGUGGGUGGGGGUCCCGAGAUAAGUCCUCUGGGGCGACCUGGUUCACCUGGAGCCGGCUUUUGA